CACGAGCCUCGCGCCCAGCCUGAGCUCAAGUGCGCCGAGAGGCGGCAAAAGUGGCGGGAACCGGCUCUCUGCCCCGCCCACUAGCUACGGAUGGGGGCGUGGUCCGGACCAGCCCCGCCCACAGCAAGCGCGGCCUCAGCAACCAGCGCAACACAACGAAAUGGCCGCCGUGCCGCAGUUCUCUUGAGGGGAAGCAACCGCGCGUCUCCGCGUCGUCUCGUCAGCGAGGCUGUUCUGCUCGGCUCUGAGGCGGUUUUGAUGGCCACCUGGGUUUAUUCUUGCAAUGAAGAAAGGCUCUGAACAAAAAAAGUUCUUCAAAGCAAAGAUGCCACUGUCAUCUCACUUUUCUGGUCCAUCCUCUCUAACAUCCAAUAUGAGAUCAAGGUCACUUUCACCUUUAAUUGGAUCUGAGACUCUGCCUUUUCAUUCUGGUGGACAGUGGCCUGUGCGAGUUGAGCUUACAGAUGAGAACAGUGUGCAUUUGGAAUCCCAAGACCAUAAAGGAGAUGAUCUGUAUGUAGGAGUUCGAUAUAUUACAGAGGCCCUCAUUAAAAAACUCACUAAACAGGACAAUUUGGCCUUGGUAAAAUCUCUGAACCUUUCACUUUCUAAAGAUGGUGGCAAGAAAUUUAGGUACAUCGAAAAUUUGGAAAAAUGUGUUAAACUUGAAGUAUUGAAUCUCAGCUAUAAUCUGAUAGCGAAGAUUGAGAAGGUAGACAAGCUGUUAAAAUUACGUGAACUCAACUUAUCAUAUAACAGAAUCAGCAAAAUUGAAGGAAUAGAAAAUAUGUGUAAUCUGCAAAAGCUAAACCUUGCAGGAAAUGAAAUUGAACAUAUUCCAAUAUGGUUAGGGAAGAAGUUGAAAUCUUUGCGAGUUCUCAAUCUGAAAGGCAAUAAGAUAUCAUCGCUCCAGGAUGUCAGCAAAUUGAAACCACUUCAAGACUUGACUUCUCUGAUCCUUGUUGAAAAUCCAGUUGUGACCCUUCCUCAUUACUGCCAGUUUACCAUUUUCCACCUCCGUUCUCUGGAAAGUUUGGAAGGUCAGCCAGUAACCACUCAGGAUAGACAGGAGGCUUUUGAGAGAUUCAGUUUAGAAGAGGUAGAAAGAUUGGAAAGAGACCUGGAAAAGAAGAUGGUGGAAACAGAGGAGCUUAAGAACAAACAAACCAAAUUUCUUGAGGAAAUUAAAAAUCAAGAUAAACUAAACAGAUCAUUAAAAGAGGAGGCCCUGUUACAAAAGCAGAGCUGUGAGGAGCUAGAAAGUAAGCUAAACACCAAAAAUGAAUUGCUAAAGCAGAAGACAAUGGAACUCACUCGAGCCUGUCAGAAGCAGUAUGAGCUGGAGCAGGAAUUGGCCUUUUAUAAAAUUGAUGCUAAAUUUGAACCAUUAAAUUAUUAUCCAUCAGAGUCUGAUGAAAUUGAUAAAGUCCCAGAUGAAAGCCCUUACAUUGGCAAAUCCAGAUACAAGAGAAAUAUGUUCGCCACCAAGAGUUACAUCGUCAGUGGUGCCCAAGCAGUUGAGAUCAAGAAGCUGGAGCCUAAUGAAGAACAGCCUAGCAGUGAGCAUGUGCCCUUGAGAGCCCAUGCACUGCAGGACGUACAACUGGAAGACACAGAGAAGAAAAUAAGUGCAGCGCAAAUUCGCCUGUCAGAGCUACAUGAUGAAAUAGAAGCAGCAGAACAGAAGAUUUUAAGAGCUACUGAAGAAUUUAAGCAACUGGAAGAAGCUAUACAACAAAAAAAGAUUUCAGAAGCAGAGAAAGACCUUCUUUUCAAGCAGUUGAGUGGUAGGAUACAACUUCUAAAUAAAUUACACCCGGAAGCUCUGGAUCUAGAAAUGCAGAUGGGAAAGCAAAAAAAAGAAAUUGCUGAAAAGCAGAAGGAGAUCAACAGCCUGCAAGUAGCUGUAGACAGCCUGGACUCCCAAGACCCAAAGCACUCACAUAUGAAAGCCCAGAAAAGGGGUAAGGAACAACAGCUUGACAUUAUGAACAAGCAGUACACUCAACUUGAAAGUCGUUUGGAUGAGAUACUUUCUAGAAUUGCUCAGGAGACUGAAGAGAUCAAGGAUCUUGAACAGCAGCUUACUGACGGCCAGAUAGCAGCAAAUGAGGCUCUGAAGAAGGAUUUAGAAGGUGUCAUAAGUGGACUGCAGGAGUACCUGGGGACCAUCAAAGGCCAGGCAGCUCAGGCCCAGAGUGAGUGCAGGAGGCUGCAGGAUGAGAAAGAGACAUUGCUGCAGAGGUUGACAGAUGUCCAGCAGGAGAGAGAUGAACUGGAAAUCGUUGCCAUGGACGCAGAAAACAUGCGGAAGGAGCUCGCAGAGCUAGAAAACGCCCUCCAGGAACAGCAUGAAGUGAAUGCUUCCCUGCAGCAGGCCCAAGGAGAUCUCAGUGCCUAUGAAGCUGAGCUAGAGGCUCAGCUAAAACUAAGAGAUGCUGAAGCCAACCAGCUCAAGGAAGAGUUGAAAAAACUCACAAGGCUUACUCAGUUAGAACAAUCGGCUCUUCAAACAGAACUUGAGAAGGAAAGACAAUCCCUCAAGAAUGCCCUUGGGAAAGCCCACUUCUCAGAAGAAAAGGAACAAGAGAAUAAGGAGCUCCGCACACAACUUAAACAGCUGCAGGAUGACAAUAACCUAUUAAAACAGCAGCUUAAAGAUUUCCAGAAUCACCUUAACCAUGUGGUUGAUGGUUUGAUUCAUCCAGAAGAAGUGGCAGCUCGUGUUGAUGAGCUAAGGAGAAAACUGAAAUUAGGGGCUGGGGAAAUGAGAAUCUGUAGUCCUUCAGACAUCUUAGGGAAAAGUCUUGCCGACCUACAGAAACAAUUCGGUGAAAUUCUUGCACGUUCCCAGUGGGAAAGAGACGAAGCACAAGUUAGAGAAAGGAAACUCCAUGAAGAAAUGGCUCUCCAGCAAGAGAAACUGGCGAACGGACAAGAGGAGUUCAGGGAGGCGUGUGAACGAGCCCUUGAAGCCAGAAUUAAUUUUGAUAAAAGGCAGCACGAUGCAAGAAUACAGCAACUGGAGAAUGAAAUUCACUAUUUGCAAGAAAAUCUAAAAAGUAUGGAAGAAAUACAAGGCCUUACAGACCUCCAACUUCAGGAAGCAGAUGAAGAGAAGGAAAGAAUUCUGGCUCAACUCCAGGAGUUAGAGAAAAAGAAGAAACAUGAAGAUGCCAAGUCUCAGGAGCAGGUUCUUGGUUUAGAUAAAGAACUGAAGAAUCUGAAGAAAGCUGUGGCUGCUUCUGAUAAACUAGCUGCAGCUGAGCUCACCAUUGCUAAAGACCAGCUCAAGUCCUUGCAUGGAACUGUUAGGAAGAUCAACCAAGAGCGAGCAGAGGAGUGGCAGGAGGCAGAGAAGUUCAGCAGGAAGGCCAUGCAAGCGGCCAGCGACCUGACCCGAGCUGAAGCAGAGAUCGAGCUCCUGCAGAAUCUUCUCAAGGAGAGAGAGGAGCAGUUUCGAAUUGAGGUGGACCAAGCAGAUGUAGGUACUGAAGGAGCAAAUUCCCAGGUGCUAGAAAUUGAGAAAUUGAGCAAGACAAUGGAGAAGCAAAGGGCUGAGAUCACAAGGCUUCGGAAUUUACUAGACCUCUCUGGGACGGGUAAUAAAAGAGGCUUUGAAAGUGUUUUAGAAGAAAUUGCUGAACUCCGGCGUGAAGUUUCUUUUCAGAAUGAUUACAUCAGCAACAUGGCAGAUCCUUUCAAAAGACAAGGCUUUUGGUAUUUUAUGCCACCACCACCAUCAUUAUCAAAAGUUUCUAGCCAUAGUUCCCAGGCCACCAAGGACUCUGGUGUGGGUCUGAAGUACACAGCUUCAACUCCUCUUAGAAAACCACAGCCUGGACAGCAAGAGGGGAAGGACAGAAGUAGGCCUCUACCAGCCUCAGGUUACUGGGUCUAUUCACCAAUCAGGAAUGAGCUGUAUAAAUCAUUUUCAAAUAGAGAUGCCGGCAGUGAAGGAGAUAGUCAGGAAGAAAGUGGACUGGAUGACCAAGAUGAACCUCCAUUUGUGCCUCCUCCUGGGUACAUGAUGUACACUGUGCUUCCUGAUGGUUCUCCUGUACCCCAGGGAAUGGCUCUCUAUGCACCACCACCUCCUUUGCCCAACAGCAGCCGACCUGUCACUCCUGGCACUGUGGUUUAUGGCCCACCUCCUGCUGGGGCCCCCAUUGUAUGUGGACCUCUUCCCCUCAACGUCGCUGUCCCUCUCAUCCCUGAGGGCAUGCAGCAUUGCAGUGUCCCAGAGCAUCAUAACUUAGAGAAUGAAGUUUCUAGAUUGGAAGACAAAAUUAAGCACUUGAAGUCCAAACGACAAGAAGAACAAUGGCUAAGAGCAUCCAAGCAGCAGUUGGAGAAAGAGGUGGAAGAGCUGCAGCAUAAUAUUGAUGACCUUCUGCAAGAAAAGAAAGAAUUAGAACAUGAAGUAGAAGAAUUGCACAGAACUAUCCAGAAACAUCAACAACGAAAGGACUUCAUUGAUGGAAAUAUUGAGAGUCUUAUGACUGAACUAGAAAUAGAAAAAUCUCUCAAACACCAUGAAGAUAUUGUAGAUGAAAUUGAGUGCAUAGAGAAGACCCUUCUAAAACGUCGCUCAGAGCUCAGGGAAGCUGACCGACUUCUGGCCGAGGCUGAGAGUGAGCUCUUAUGCACUAGAGAGAAGACAAAGAAUGUUGUUGAAAAGUUCACUGAUGCCAAGAAAAAUUUAUUACAAACCGAGUCAGAUGCUGAGGAGUUAGAAAAGAGAGCUCAGAAGACUGCUCUGAACCUUGUGAAAGCUGAUCAGCAACUAAGAUUGCUCCAGGCUGAUGCAAAGGAUUUGGAGCAGCACAAAAUCGAACAAGAAAAAAUCUUGAAAGAAAUAAACAAAGUUGUAGCAGCAAAAGAUGCAGAUUUCCAGUGUCUGGACAAGAAAAAGGAAAAACUGACAGAAGAGCUUCAGAGUCUGCAGAGAGACAUUGAGACAGCGAAGCACAAUGAGGAUCACCACCUGCGGGUCCUUAAAGAAUCUGAGACUCUCCUUCAGGCCAAGAGAGAGGAGCUGGAAACCUUGAAAAGCCAGGUGUCAAGUCAGCAGCAGGAGAUGGCUGUCCUGGAUAAGCAGUUAGGACAUAAAAAGGAAGAGCUGCUUCUGCUCCAGGAGAGCUUGGUCCAGGCAAAAGGGGACCUCCAGGAAGCACUGAGGCUGGGAGAGACAGAAGUAGCUGAGAAGUGCAGUCACAUCAGGGAAGUAAAAUCACUUCUGGAAGAACUGAGUUUUCAGAAAGGAGAAUUGAAUGUCCACAUUAGUGAAAAAAAAAAUCAACUUGCACUUAUAAAGCAGGAAAUUGAAAAAGAGGAAGAAAAUCUUCAGGUAGUUUUGCGGCAGAUGUCUACACAUAAAACUGAACUAAAGAAUGUUGUGGACAUACUACAACUUGAAAAUAGUGAGCUACAAGGUUUGAAGCUACAACAUGACCAAAAGGUGUCAGAGUUGGAGAAGACUCAGGUGGAAGUGCUGGAGGAGAAACUGGAGUUAGAGAAUCUGCAGCAGACAGCUCAGCAGCAAAGAAGGGAAAUCGAGUGGCAGAAGCAGCUCCUGGAAAGGGACAAGCGGGAAGCAGAGCGAGUGGCUGCUGAGGUUCAGGCACUGCAGUCGUGCAUUGAGUGUCUGAGCAAAGAGAAGGAAGACCUCCAAGAACAGUGCGACAGUUGGGAAAAGAAGUUUUCACAAACCAAAAGAGUUUUAGCAGCUACAGAAGAAAAUAACAAAAUGGAGCAAUCAAACUUAGAGAAGUUGCAGGUGAAUGUCAGGAAGCUACAGCAGGAGCUCGACCACCUGAACCAAGACAAGCUCUCACUACAUAAUGACCUGUCAGCAAUGCAGCAGCAGCUACACGAAAAACGAGAAUCCAUAAGCUCACUACAGGAGGAACUAGCCAAUGUCCAGGACCAUCUGAACCUAGGAAAGCAGGACCUGCUUCACACCACCAAGCGCCAGAAUGUACUGCUCAGUGAGCAAGCCCAGCUCCAGAAGGACAUCAGCAAAUGGAUUGAGAGGUUUGAGAGCUGUCAGAAAGAAACAGAGACAAAAGAGCAGCAACUUGAAGAGCUUCAGAAUGAGAUCAAAGAAAGCAAGCUCAAGCUAGACAAGCAAGAAACGAUGUUUCAAAAGCUCCAGAAAGAGAGAGAAAGUGAGGAACAGAAGUUAGAAGCUGAUAAUGUGACACUGAAGGAGCAACAGAAGCAACUGGAAAAACAGUUGGCAGACCAGAAAAACAAACUGGACCAGGUACUUAAAGAAGUGUCAGUGGCCGAAGAACGUGUCAGGACCCUGCAGGAAGAGGAGAGGUGCAGUGAGACCCUGGAGAAGACACUCUCCCAGGCCAAACGGCAGCUUUCCGAACGCGAGCAGCAGUUAACAGAAAAGGCAAGUGAGCUGCUGGCCCUCCAGAAAGAGGCAGACGCUAUGAGGGCAGACUUCAGCCUGCUGAGGAGCCAGUUCUUAGCAGAAAGAAAGAAGGCGGAGAAGCAGGUGGCUAGCCUGAAGGAAGCUCUUAAGACCCAGCGGAACCAGUUAGAGAAAAAUCUUCUUGAGCAAAAACAGGAGAACAGCUGCAUGCAAAAGGAAAUGGCCACAAUUGAGCUGGUAGCCCAGGACAACCACGAGCGGGCCAGGCGCCUGAUGAAGGAGCUCAGCCAGAUGCAGCGCGAGUACUUGGAGCUUAAGAAACAGAUGGCAAACCAAAAAGAUCUGGAGAGAAGACAACUGGCAAUCAGUGAUGCAAUGAGGACGCUCAAGUCUGAGGUUAAAGAUGAAAUCAGAACCAGCCUGAGGAAUCUCAACCAGUGUCUUCCAGAACUACCAGCAGAUCUCACAGCUAUUCUGGAAAGAAAUGAAAACCUAGGAGAGUUGGAAAGCUUGAAAGAAAACGUCCCAUUCCCCAUGAAUGAGGGACUUUUUGAAGAAAAAUCGAACUUUUCCCAAGUUCACAUCAUGGAUGAGCACUGGCGUGGAGAAGCACUCCGGGAGAGACUGCGACAUCGUGAAGAUCGACUCAAGGCUCAACUUCGACACUGUAUGUCCAAGCAAGCAGAAGUAUUAAUCAAAGGAAAGCGGCAGACUGAGGGCACCUUACAUAGUCUGAGGCGGCAAGUUGAUGCAUUAGGGGAAUUGGUCACCAGCACCUCUGUAGAUUCACCAUCGUCACCCAGUCUGUCUCAUCUGGAAUCUUCCCUUGUGGAGGAUUCCCAAUUUGGACAAAGUCAGAACUCCUUCCAAGUUCUGCAAGGUCCAUCAGCAUCACCAGACAGUUACCGACGCUGAUGCCACUGACAGUUUCCUGCUCACGGGAGAAAGAUUGGUCAGCCAAGAAAAGAACAAUCCUGCGUAAAUGUACGAGGAAACAGCUACUCUACUACCUCAUCAACUUCCUAACUGGAAUGUCCCUGGUUAUUACCAAGAGCCUGUGAAUCGAGAUGCUGAACUCCACUGUAGUUUAGUUUGUACCAUUAACAGUGUUUUUGUAAAUCACUUGUACACGUGGGACUAGGUGUAUACAGUUUAAACCAGGAUGUUAUGGGGUGAUUCUGUUAUUCUAGUUACAAUGAAAAAGAAUGUACUUAAAGCCCCUCUUCAUUUAUAUAAUAGCUAUUUUUGGAUUCUGCUUUCUAAAAAUCUAUUUUUAAUAUGAAAAUAAAACAUACAGUAAACUUA